AUGCAGGUUUGGGAAGCUUUCAUGAAUUAUGUAACGCUUGUAAUUAAUGACGAAAGUAGCUUGCUUCACAUGACACUUUCAAAGUUGUUUUGGACUCACCGUUUUGAUAGUUCUACCGCUUCUAUUCCCAUUCUUAUCACGUUUCACAUUUCACAGAAACAUGAAAAUGUUUGGUGGGCGGAAAAAUUAGCUGUGAUGUAA